AUGGAUCAUUUAAAGUUGACGGUGGAUAAGUUAUCGGUGGAUGCGGUGAGCGAGCAGGUGGUAGAUGACAGCUGCGGUGCAGUGUCUAUCUUUGUUGGAACUACUAGAGAUAAUUUUGAAGGCAAAAAGGUGCUGCGACUAGAGUACGAGGCAUACGAGCCUAUGGCGCUGAAAGCCAUGAAGGCCAUCUGUGACGAAGUAAGGAGCAAAUGGAGUGCUGUACAUAGCAUAGCUAUAUAUCAUAGAUUAGGCAACGUCCCUACCCGCGAAGCGUCCGUAAUCAUCGCAGUCUCCAGCCCGCACCGGCGCGACUCGCUCGACGCUGUCUCACUCUGCAUCGAGCUGUUAAAGGCGAAGGUGCCUGUGUGGAAGCGAGAGGUGUACGCGGACGCGGCGCCGGCCUGGAAGGAGAACCGAGAAUGUGACCCAACGCCACCCUCGCCUCCAGAGGCAGUGGAUAAAAACCUUAUCCAAAUCAACGUGUCCACAGAAGAGCUGCAGAAACGUAUACAGAACUUCAUCGAGAGGAAGAGAGAACAGGUGAACAUAAGCAACAUCCACGACUUCAUACCCGGUGUAGAGGAGAGCGAGACGGAAGAUACAUGUGCAAGGGUGCGCACACAAUUUGUGAAGAGGAGUGACUCUAAGGGACAUUUAAAAAUCCGCAAGGUCCACAACGAAUGGGGCCCGCAAACGGUCUCCUCCCCUCCCCAACCCGCACCCCUGCCGGGCGCCAUCGCAGAAAGGGUCCUUAAUAUAGAGAAGUUCCUCAAUAUGGGGCCUGUGGCGCCCGACAUCUACAGGCGCCUGAAGGAGAUGGAAGAUAGAAUAGCGCAGCUGCAGGCCAUAUCGCCGGAGUAUGCGGACUUUUGGGUGAGUGAGACAGCUAUAUAUGAGAGCGAGCAAAAACCAACCGUCGACUUCAUCUACUCGGCGGACGAUAUCGCUCGAAAGAUAGAGCAGCUCGAAAAAAUGGAGGACACGUGAAGUACCUACAUUUGUGCCUUUCUC